AUGGCGACGAACCUCGCAACAGUCGAGACUGCUCUCGAGAAAGCGCGGUCUCUCAUGCCAACAGAAAACGAUAUGAAGUCGGGCGACCCAGCCGAUCACUCUGCGCAGAAAGUGUCGGCUCGUAUCAGGGAAGAAGAGGCACGCAAGGCGGCCGGUCUCCCAAUCGUUCUAGGUUUGAAGCAGCUCGCCAAAGCUCAGGAUCGCAACAAAGUCAAUCAUGUGACCGUCGCAUUCGCGGCGGCCUAUCUCUUGCACUACAUGCCCCGAGUGGACAAAACCCGGUACAUCCAACAGGCCGACAUAGCCAAGCUCAUAGUGAAAAUGAUUGGAAAAUACAGUCGUCAUGGAAAAGAUGAUGGCUGUGUGAAACUUCUGGCGUAUGACACAGCCGGAGGUUGGCUUCGCGAAUACAUCGCGAAAAAGGAUAAGCGCUCGGGCUCUGACAGUCAGAAAAAGAAGCAACGAACGCGAAAAGGCAACUCUAUCAUUCAUGUUUCACGGGACGAGUUGAAGGGACUUAGAGACAUGAGUGCGAUCGCAAGUGCCAACAUGGGAAUUUGUUGCACGACGUACGAACAAUUGGACACAGCCGGCCUAUCCUGGUCACCGUUCCAACGAGGCCACCACAUCCUUGGUUACGUCUGCGCUGGGCACCCAUUGUUCAACAAGUACUACCAAGUCGCCAUGAAUGAGUUGUGUGGCAAUGGACCGAUGCCACUAACACCGCGAGGAUCCCUCGCACCAUCCAUCCCGCAAGCAGCCCUGGAGGAUCCGGCUCUGAACGAAAGGAUUGGUUCGCUACGGAAGACGGUCCGGCGGAUCUGCUCGGCAGAUAUGUCAAGCGACCCCAAGGACAUGACCAGUCAUAUCAGUCAUGCAAGCCAGCAGACGCGAGUACUUCGCUAUCACAGCGCGAUCUUCUUUGUCGCGCUAACCGAAUUUUCGAAGCAGACGAGUGAAUGCUUAGACCUCGGCGACGACGAAGACACUACCCGAAACAUCAUCAUGCAAAACCUUGAUGAUAUCACCAGGUUCUUGGACAAAGUCGAGAAGAAGGGCUGGCUCGACACCACCACAGCAAACUCGGCCUAUAGCGAAGCAUACCUACGGUCGAGACACCACAUUCUUGCCGAGCACAUCCAAGCCUACACUCGUAACGACCCGAGCAGACAGCCCGACCUUGUAGUCGAUGAAAAAGACGGAGGGCCACUGUCUCCUGGUGGUGCAGACAAAAAAGACAAGAGUGACAAUUUAGACGCGCUGAACAACAAAACACGCGCCUAUAAGCUACAUAAAGAGGCCCUGCAGCACAUUGCCACGAGCGCGCGUUACGCGCAUGACCGCGUCAUCAUAGGAGAGCAGAACACCAUAUUCGAAGAUCACAUGAUCAAGGCCCUCGCAGGAGAGCGAGCGGCCAGGGACGAACUCGCAGCAUAUGUCGCCGUAUCUGGUGAGCGCAAAAGGCUUACUGUCAAGCUGGAGAGCGCAAUCAGCAGUGAUGAGCCGACCCGCUUCAUGGACGGCAACCAGGCGCACUACGCCCUUUAUGAAACACAUGCGUUUCAUCCCAAAGUCACCGCCCGUUCGGUAGUCGAGCAGCUCAUCAAGAGCCAAGUCGCGACCUCCGUUCGCUCGCGCUUGAGCCUCGCACUCACGAUGCCCAGCGAUGAGCUCUACGUGGGAGGACUGGGCGAGUUCAAGCAGCUCGGAAACGGACUCUUUAAUAACAUCUACCCUUUCUACGACAUGGCCGGCGCCGCCAAGUGGUGUCAGAAAUUGGAUGAGAAGGAUCCUCCUGCCCCGCUCUUCUAUCUGCGCCCGAGCGCAUACCUCGACACCGUCGAGCCUCACGAGGACGCCAAGGUACGCCCCGCCCGCGACAUGUCUUCAAAAUAUGACGUGAAGGAGGAGUACAAAGAGGAGGUGUCGUACGAGGUCUUGGCAUGGCGUCUGCGAAAAUAA